GCUGAUUGUGCGCUAGUUGCAAGGUCAUGCACAAACAAAGUCGACAACUCACAUGGCAGAGGCUGACUUGGAUUCCAAGCCACUGACGAUGGUCGCCUGCCAAGCAACCAUGGCCCCUCCAAAAUCGUCAUCCCGGUGCUUCCAGGUGGGACCUGCCUCUGUUCCCGAUCUACGCGGCGCCGUAAAUCUCGGUACUUAUUCGUCGUACCUUGGUUAGACGAGACGAUAUUGUUGCAGUUAAUUUUAUAAAUUUUCAUAAAAGGCGCAUCUGCCUCCUAAUCUCUACAAUCUACGCGCCAUGGGUUUCGACGCCUGGUCCAAGAAGCUUACCAAGGCUUCCGAGGCCACGCAACAAUUCAUCAACAAAAAAUGGGAAGAGGGCAAAGAAACCAUUAAUGAGCGGCGCGCUCGUGCCGCCGCAGAAGAAGAGGCGGCCAAGGCGGCAGCGGCCGAGGCCCAGCUGGCCAAGGAGCGGAAUGAGUUCCUGGCUCCUAUCAAGGCCAAGCUAGAAGCCAGCAGCAGCCCCGCGCCCAACCCGGCCGAGGCUCCCGCGGCUGAGUCAACGGCAAGGGACGCGCCGGGUGCCGCGACGUCGUACCACGACAUGGAGCAGCCGCUCGAGUUCAGCCGCGACUCGCACAAGGCCGUGCUGCUGGUGACGACGCCCAUCGAGUUUGGCCCCAUCGAGCUGAGCAAGCAGUCGUACCGGCUCCUGGCACGGCACGUCGGCAUGAGCAUGGACAGCAUCUGCCACUGGGCACUGUGCGUCAUCGACCGCGGCGUCGGCAAGAGCUGGGCCUACGACCUCAUGAGCGACCGUCUAGAGCUCAACAUGAUCGGCAAGAACGUCUUUCGCAUCAACGAGGUCACGCCAGAGUACGUCCAGACCUGGAGCUCAGCCUACUACGUCGGCGAGACCACAAAGUCGCACGAAGAGGUCAAGAUGCUGGGCGAGACGCACAUGGCCCUGAAUCCAAAGUACAGCCUCCUCGAGAGCAACUGCCAGCACCUGGCCGAGACGCUGAUGAAGGCCUUGUGCGAUGGGAGAAUCGUGAGCCAGCACAAGCUGGAUGAGGAGCUGAAAAUGGUAUCCCCCAAGAUGGCCAUGGACAUGAUGAUGAACAAACUGGAUUUCAAGCUGGAUAGCUCAGACUCCAAGGGAGCUGUGGACAGCAAUGAGGUCAAGAACGAGGUUAAUAUUAUUGGGGAGCUAUGGGGAAGGGUGAAGAAGUACCGCAACGAUGACAAGAAGUCGGGGAAGGAGGAGAAGGAGAAGAAAUGAUGAAUGACCAUGAUGAGAAGCGAGAUCUAGACUUGGACUUUUCUAUUGCGAUACCUCAUGGACUCAAGGACACGUCAUGCUUUUGCAAGCGGACUUUUGUUUUUGCAUGAGCCAGCAUCUAGUCAUGAUAACGAUGAUUUAAUG